GACCGUCAAAACAGUGUUUUUAAUGUAAAUCGACAGUUUUGGAAAUUUAUUUUAUAAACAAAAUUGUUGUGUAGUCUUUUAACAUGAAAUACUAACUAUAAAUAAGGAUACAAUAAAAUAAUUCUAAAAUAAAUAUAAUGUGGUCGUUCAUUCAGAAAAAUAAAAAUGAUAUUAUAUAUUUAUCGCUCCUACUUUUUAGUGUCCUAAUCGGACCAUAUUAUAGAAAGCUUAAAACAGUUGAAUCCAAAAAAUGGGGUGGUUCAAUAUUAGGUUUGUUGUUAAUAAUAAUAGUGUCAGGCUACAGUGCCGUUCACCCUAUUCUCUCAGCUUUUCUAGGGAUUGUUGUCAUUAAGGCAGCUACAAUAAAAUAUUGUCACAUCCUAACGUUCUUCUUCAUGUUCGGCUAUUUGUUCUUCUUCCGCCUGGCUGACAAAUUCGGCUUUGCAUUAUCCUCGGGUCAAACAAAUUUAAUUGAAAUGAUAAUUGUAUUGCGAGUUAUUGGAGUUGCAUUUGAAAUGAAUGGAUCUUGGAUAGCCGUUGCAAAAGCUAAGAAAAAAGAUACUGAAACUAAGGAAAUAAAGGAAAGAGAUGACGAGUUCCUUGAAUUGAUUAAUCCUGAUUUUAUUGACCUCUUUCAUUAUGCAUUCAACUAUAUAGGAUUAUUGACAGGUCCAUAUUACAGAUAUCGCACAUUUGAUGACUAUUUCCGCUUACCAUACAGCAAGUAUGUGGAUUGCUUUGGAUUCACAAUUAAUACACUGAAGGCUGUACCUCUUUAUGUGUCACUUUAUUUGGCUUUCUCCAACAUCUGGCCCCUCGAAUAUGUGCUAACAGAAGAGCACAAUAACAGAAACUUUCUCUAUAGAAUGAUGUACCCAUGGGUACUGUUUGCUGCAUUCCGCCAACGCAUUUACUCUGGUAUGACAUUAGCGGAAAGUGUAUGUACUUCAGCAGGGCUUGGAGCGUACCCCGUGCAAGGAAGGAACAGAACUGGCCAUGGACCUACUGUGGGAUAUUUGAAGUUGAAACAAAUGUCUGAAGAUGAGGCAAAAGCAGCGCAAUAUGACUUCAACACAGUUGAAUCAAUGGAGGUGUGGGGUUGCGAGUCUGUUGUGACAUUGAGGGAUUCCAUGAAAGUAUGGAACAAGGCCGUUCAGUACUGGGUGGCUAUGGUGGUUUAUAAACGGUUUCCUAUCAAACCAUUGAAAAUCCAUGCUGCUCUCUUUGUAUCUGUGGUUUGGCAUGGGUACCAUGCUGGCUACUUCUUCUGCAUUUAUUUCUGUCCAUUCUAUCUUAUGGCGGAAGACAUUUACUAUAAACUCUACUAUAAGGAAGCUACAGGGAUGAAAAAGAAGAUAAUCGGUUUCAUAAUGUGGUUUUUACGGUCACAUUCAGAAUCGUACCAAGCGGCGGCAUUCCUCUUACUCACUUUCGAUCGUAUUUGGAUAUACUAUUCCUCCGUUUAUUUCUAUUGGUACGGAGUAUGGCUGGCAUUCCUUAUAGUGGGACUUAUGUUAAAUCAAUUCCAUAAAAUUAAUAAACCCAAAAAGCCAAGAGAAAAUGACAAACAAAAAAAUAGUGCCAAUUAGUCUGAAUAUUAGGUAAUUUAUGGAAUAAUUUGUUUGAUAUUAGUUGGUAAGUGGGUUUAAAGUUUUGGGGUGUAUUCUAUGCAUUUAUUUGUGAUGCAUUUCUAUUUAAAUCUUAUGAAUUAAACUGCGCAAUAUCGCGGUUAGUUUUGAUUACGUAACAUUAUUAAUCAUCAAUUAUUAUCUGCAUUUAAUAAUUAAUGUAAACAUUCUGGUCAAAUCAAUAACUUCAUUGGUAUGUAUUUUAAAUAAUACGUGAUGUAUAUAUUUAUACAUUUUCAAAUAAAGAUUUGGAAACGGGCA